UUUUUGCUUCAACAUAAGUAUUCAUAUAUUCCAGCUUGGAUUGAUGCAGUGAAGGCAUCAGAUGUAACUGGUUGGGAAUGGAGCACAACACAUGACAAGUUUUAUUUUAAAACAACUCCACGUGGAAGUGAUGGUGGGGGUUUUAUACAAAAUGGAAAGUACAACUACUGGCAUAUCUACAAUCCAAAUAAUGGAGAUUAUGGGGUUGUUGGAUCUAAGCUUAGACCUCCAUGGAGUUGGAAAUCUGUCACAGCUUCAACUGUGGCUCACUAUAUUUGCCAAAUUAAAGUAACAUGGGAAAAUUACAGAGGAAAGUUUUUUGUAUUUUCUCCAUUUACUACAAAUUAUGCUGGUGCAAAAUCAGCAUGUGUUGGAUUGGGUGGUCACCUUGCAAUUAUACCAGAUGCAGAAACUCAAGCUUUUAUUCAAACUAAAGGAGCUGCUUACAAGAGUGCAGGAAAAUGGAUGACAAGCAAUUAUGAAGCUUACAUUGAUGCAGUGAAGACAUCAGAUGAAACUGGUUGGGAAUGGAGCACAACACAUGACAAGUUUUAUUUUAGUACAAGUCCACGUGGAAGUGGUCCUAAUGUACAAAAUGGAAAGUACAACAAUUGGUUAAUAUACUUCCCAAGAACUUAUGGAAAUUAUGGGGUUGUUGGAUCUGUGCUUGGACCUUCAUGGAGUUGGAAAUCUGUCUCAGCUUCAACUGUGGCUCACUAUAUUUGUCAGAUUCAAGGUAGUAUACUUAGAGGGGCAUAUCAAAGAAAAAAUUUUUGCAUUGAUAGUGUGGUCUGAUCCGUGCGGCGCAGUUGGUUUUCGAGUUCCACCUGCCGUACCCUGCUCAGAACCGUGCUGCCUUCACGUGUCGCAAGCUUUGUACUCGCACCUCGCUCA